GACGUCAUCAAAACAAGAAGUCCUUGACGCUGUGAGUGAUAGCUUGCAUGCCAUCUACUUGCCAGUAAAAUACAGUGUUGUGCUUAACUGCCGACUGUACCCUAAUAUUUAAAGGUGAUAUUUUGUUGUGCUGCGAAAUGCUACAAGCUUGGUAACUGUAAAGUGGAUGCAGCCGACAAACAACAGCUUGGUUAGCGCAAGGAUUGCGCUAGCACUACCGCUAACUUACCUGACGGUAAAUCGCCGUCUAUCUUUCGCUAACAGCUCGCAUUGCUGGCGUUAAAUUUACAGUGAUCUCGCGCUGGAUUUCUACUCUGAAGAUAUAACAGCGUUUUAUGCUACAGCUCAGGUUUGGAGUCGAAGAGGAAGACAGUGGUGAACUCUGUCAACUUAACCAGGCUGUGUCCAACGAUGACCACAUGCUUCUCCUGGAGCUUCUCUCUCAAGAACGCUACAAGCGGGUCAUUAACCACCGCAGUGGCUGGGGUGUGCCAGGAACCCCGCUCCGCAUGGCCGCAUCCAAGGGCCACCUGCGGUGCCUGGAGGUCCUCUUGGCGCACGGCGCCGAUGUGGACUGCAUAGACGUGAAGGCGCAGACCCCGCUCUUCACUGCAGUGUGUGGCCGCUACCUCACAUGUGUGUUGGCCCUCCUGCGUGCCGGGGCCAACCCCAACGGCUGUCCCAAGAACAACAGCUCCCCCGUCCUCACGGCUGCCCGCGAGGGCGACCCGGAGAUCCUGAGGCAGCUCCUUCACCACGGAGCGGAUGUCAACGCCAGGUCAAAAGUGGCCCUUUGGACAUCGGGUGUGGCCAUUUGCAGUGGCCCGCUUUACCUGUCUGCUGUGUACGGCCACCUGGACUGCUUUCGGGUUCUGCUGUUGUACGGCGCCGACCCCGACUACAACUAUCCCGACGAGCGGCUUCCGAGUAAGGGGAAGCAGCCUAAAACUGUGCUCGAGACAUGCCUGAGGCAUGGAUGUGGAGUGGAGUAUGUGCAGCUACUGAUAGAUUUUGGGGCCAAUGUGUAUCUACCCACCCUGAUCAUAGAGAAGACCACCAAGCAAAACGAAGCAGUGGAGCUCCUGCUAAAAGAGAGAGGAUGUCCGAAAUCACUGACCUCCCAAUGCCGUUUGGCCAUCAGAACGCAUCUGAGACAGAUCAACAGGAUUGAUUCCAUAGACUGUUUGGACAUGCCACCUUGCCUCAUGAAUUAUCUCAAACACAUACCAAACCGUGUGAUCCUGUAAACUGUGCUAGCAGCAGCAGCUGUGCCUUUCACACAUAGUAUUCAAUGCUGUCUACAGAAAGGAAACUAUUUAAUUGCAAAUUAAUCAAAGCGCUUUUACUGUAAUGGACUUUUUGAAAUUACAUGUCAUGUUUUAAAAGUCCUGUUGAAAGCUUUUUGUGUGGUUAUUAUUUGUUAAUGUCUAUAUGUAUGCAGCAGGCUUAGGUAGUUCAUUAUAUUGGAAAGAUUACAUUUCUUGUGUUGUCUCUUUGAAUUGCAGCUCUUGAUACUGGAACUCCAUGGAAUAAAUCACAUUCUAACUCCA